AAUAGUAAGGAAGGGGCGGAAAGUAAAACCAUGUCAAACGCACUGGAGCGGCCUUCUUUGGGAGCCGGGGUUGGAGGCUGAUCCAGGACUCAGGCCUUUGCAGUGUGUUUCAAUAAAGUGUGCAAUCCUUUCUGGUGGCCGCAGCUAAUCGCUGAUAGGAAUCCUGAAACACGGAACCACCUUGUCCACCUCUGUUUACCUUUCUAACUACGUUUCCCAGAGCACUACUCGGCAUGACCUCCUUCUCGCGGGAAUUCAGCCUUAAAGUCACGCGCUGGCGGGAUCCUGGGGGCUUCACCAGCAGUUAAUCCAGUGCUGUGGAGUGUUUUACUGCCUCGAAAGCUUGGGAGGCCUGAGCUCUACCGCUUUCCAAAAGAGGAACCCAGAGGUCUUUCAACAAAUAUCAAAGCCAUGGCUCAGGAGUCAGUGAUGUUCAGUGAUGUAUCCAUAGACUUCUCUCAGGAGGAGUGGGAAUGCCUGACUGAUGAUCAGAGACAUUUAUACAGAGAUGUGAUGUUGGAGAAUUACAGCAACCUGGUUUCAAUGGCAGGACAUUCCAUUUCUAAACCAAAUGUGAUCUCCUACUUGGAGCAAGGAAAGGAGCCCUGGUUGGUUGACAGAGGGCGGACAAGAGGCCAAUGGCCAGUCCUGGAAUCAACAUGUGAGACCAAGAAGUUAUUUCUGAAGAAAGAAAUUUAUGAAAUAGAAUCAGCCCAGUGGGAGAUAAUGGGAAGAUUGACAAGACAUGACCUUCAGUGCUCUAGUCUCACAGAUGAUUGGGAUUGUAAUGGCCAGUUUGAGAAACAACAUGGCUCUCAGGACAGGCACUUCAGUGAACUGAUAAUCACCCAUGAAGAUGUGCCCACUUUUAGUCAACACCCAUCCUUUACAUUACAGCAACUUAUUAAUAAUAAAGAAAAAUACUGUGCAACAAAAGAAUAUAGAAAAAAUGUUAGACAUGACUCUGAAUUUACUACACAUCAAAUAAUUCAUACCAUUGAGAAACCCCAUGAGUGUAAGGAGUGUGGCAAGGCCUUUAGACAUCCCUCAAGACUUGCUCAUCAUCAGAAAAUUCACACUGGCAAGAAGCCCUUUGAAUGUAAAGAAUGUGGGAAAACAUUUAUUUGUGGCUCAGACCUUACUCGACAUGACAGGAUUCAUACUGGUGAGAAACCCUAUGAAUGUAAGGAAUGUGGAAAGGCUUUUAGUAGUGGUUCCAACUUUACUCGACAUCACAGAAUUCACACUGGAGAGAAGCCUUAUGAAUGUAAAGAAUGUGGGAAAGCCUUUAGCAGUAGUUCAAACUUUACUCAGCAUCAGAGAAUUCACACCGGAGAGAAACCUUAUGAAUGUAAGGAAUGUGGCAAUGCCUUUAGUCAGAGUUCACAACUUAUUAAACAUCAAAGGAUCCACACAGGUGAGAAACCCUAUGAAUGUAAAGAAUGUGAAAAAGCUUUUCGUUCUGGAUCUGACCUUACUCGACAUCAGAGAAUUCAUACUGGUGAGAAACCCUAUGAAUGUAAGAUUUGUGGGAAAGCUUACUCUCAGAGUUCACAACUUAUUAGUCAUCAUAGAAUUCAUGCUGGUGAGAAAACCUGUGAAUACAAGGACUGUGGAAAGAACUUUAAUUAUAGUUCACAACUUAUUCAGCAUCAAAAUCUGUACUGGUGAUAAACCAGAAUGUACAAAAUGUGUGGGAAGGUUUUGAUUAUGGCUCAAAACUUUUUGACUGUCAGAGAAUUUAUCUUUCUGAUAACCGCCUCCAUACAUAAGAAUGUAGAAACAUUUUAUUUAUUAACUAUAGCUUAUUCAGUCGAAGAAAAAUCAUGCUGGAGAUAUAGAAUAUAUUUUGGAAGUUUUUUAAUAAAAAUUCAUUUUUCAUUUGAAUUCAGAUUAUUCAGUCUAGUAAAUAUUGAAAAAAAAACACUUGACCUUUCUGAUAUUCUUAUACAUCAUAGAAUUCAUGCACUUAUAUAAUCCUGUGAUUUUCAUUUUCUUUUUUCCUUUAUUUCUAUAAUUCUUACAUUAUUGAUAUUUUAAUCUAUCUUAAAUUUAUGACUAUAAAGAUGUUUUUACAUCAUGUUUUGUAAACUGCCUUUAUUUUUAAAAAUAUCUCUAAUAACUGAGAGAAGUGACCUUUUUAUUUUUGAAGAUGACUUUUUAAAAAAAUGGUAUUGGGGAUUAAACCCAGGGCACUCUACCACUAAACUACAUCCCCAUCCACUUUUUAUUUUUGUUUUGAGACAGGAUGUCACUAAAUGGCUGAGGCUGACUUUGAACUUGAGACCCUUCUGCCUUAGUCUCCUGAGUUGUUGGAGAUUUAUAGGUGUAUACCACCAUGCCUAAGUGGCUUGUUCCUUUUAGCUCUUAUAAAAUUAAGGAUUUCUUUUAGUAAAAAUAUUCAUAAAAGACAUUCCACUCAAUAAGUAGGGAUUUUUAAACACUUUCCUGAUGUUUCCUUGUGCUACUAUGAUCUCUUAUUAAAUCCCUACUAAUGGACAUUGUACUUUCCUCCAUCUAUUUUGCCAUGAUAAAUGCAAAAAUGCAUGUCCCUCGGAAAUUCUGUCUAGGCAUAUUUGUACUAUGUGUUUUAUUUUAAUGUAGAAAUAAGUCAUGAAUAUUUUUGCUUAUUAAAAAUUUUACAAACAUUACAAAUAAGGAAAACAUAUCCACUGACUGCCAUCCUUCUAUUCAUUCCCCUUUCCAAAAAAUAGUCAUUAUCAGUUUGUUACUUGCCCUUGAUACUGUUUCUGUUUGAGAGUCAAGAUGUCACUGUUGCCCAGACUGGGCUUAAACUCUGGACUCAAGUGACUCUUGCUUCAGUUUUCCAAGUGGCUGUGACUACAGAUGUGUGCCACCAUGCCAGCCUUGUUUUUGUUGUUGUUGUUGUUGUUGUUUUGUUUAUUUGUUUUUUGUAGAUUGGACACAAUACCUUUGUUUAAUUUAUUCAUUUUUAUGUGGUGCUGAGGAUCGAACCCAGUGCUUCACACAUGCCAGGCAAGUGCUCUACCACUGAGACACAACCCCAGCCCCCCCCCAGCCCUGUUUUUAUAGAUGUAUUUCUCAGUGGAAAUUAUAAAAUGGAGAUAUUUAUAAUACCUACCUCAUAAUACUUUGCGAGGAUUAAAUGAGUUGAGACAUGGUGCUUAAAAUUGUGCCUGCCAUGUAAUAAAUACAUAUUUGCUGUAUGUUAA